CCUGCAGAGUUUCACUGACAGGAACCAGAAUCUGGAUCUACAGAACCUGCAGGUUGGGACGAAAUAAAGGUGAUUCCCGCUCAGCGUUUCCACACCAACAGGCUUCAGUCUUUUGCAUCUUAUUUUCCUUUGUAAAUAAUAUGGACGAUGCAAAUUUCAGCUCCCGCUACAUCAGGACGUGUUCAGUUGGUUCUGUGGGUCUCGGAUCAGAAUCCAGUUUUAGGGAAACGUAUGCAAAUCCAUGGAAACGUUGAGCAGGUCUGCAGAGAGCCGCUGUGUCAGAGAGGAGCGUCGGGCUGCAGCUGUGAGGAAGUCAUGAUGGAGUGAAGACUGAAGCUGGAACCAAACACAGCUGCUCCCCGUUCUCCAGCCGCUCCCGUUCUCCUGAAGCUCCGCCUCCAUCCAGCGGCUCGGUCAUGAAUCCGUACGGAGACGAUGUGUCUGGGUUUUCUGGCGGUCCGGUUCCGUACUCGGCCUCUAACCCCAGUUACUCCGUGGAUCCGUUGGUUCCUCCGUUCGUCCAGACGGGUCGCAGCACUCUGCCCCCCCCAGUUGCUCAUUUACCCCCCGCCCUCAUUGGCCCCGCCCUCCCUGGCCCCGCCCCCAGCUCCAUACUGCCGCUGCCGGCCUUCAGCCCCACCGGUAACCCGUAUGCCCCCACCGGCCUCCAGCCGCCCCAGCUCUCCGUCCCGGACCUCCAGCCGCCCCGAGACGAGUCGGGUCCGGACUUGGAGUGCGCCAUCUGCUUCAGCGAGUUCAACAACGUCUUCCGCUGCCCCAAGAUGCUGAACUGUAAGCACACCUUCUGCCUGGAGUGCCUGGCGCGUAUGAACGUCAAGUCUCUGGAGCCCGGCGCCAUCCAGUGCCCGCUGUGCCGCGGCCUGACCCCGCUGCCCCCCCUCGGCCUGCCCAAGCUGGCCACCGACUCGGACGUCCUGUCCUACCUGCCGGCCGCCAUGCAGAGGGUCUACAGCAUCCGCUUCAUCCGCAACAAGGGGAAGCUGCAGGUCAAAAGGUCCUCUGACGGGCCGGGCCGGUUGGGUCGGCCGGGCCGCCGGUCCGUGACCUCUCUCAGGUCGGUGAACCGGACUCUGGACGUGGGGCGUCCCAGCCCGACCUCCAGGGACAGCAGGGGGGAGGCGGGCGGUUUGGGCGGCGCCCUGUUCCGCCUGACGGGCCGACCCGUCUGCCGGGCCUUCCUCCUCACCGCGGUGGUGAUGAUGAUGGUCCUCCUCACCGGAAUCAUCAUCUACCUCAUCAGCAAAUGACUGACCUGACAUCACUUCCUGUCUGCUGGGAGGAAGAAAACUGAAAUAUUUUAUUUUAAACCCUGGAGUCUGAGCGGAGCGGGACGCAGCGGACCUUCAUCUUCCUCAUUUGGGUCAAAACGAACUUCUGGUUCAUGAUGAUGAUGAUGAUGAUGAUGGUGAUGCUUCACAUGUGGAAGGAUUUUAAAGGAAGAGCUGUUGCAGUAAAUCUCAUCACUUCCUGUUUUUUAUGUAAAGGGUUCAGGGAACAGGAUAAGGUCGAUCCCGGGUCAGAAUCCGGUUGAUCAGAACCGGGUCAGUCGGUCCAGUUUCCUCCCAGGUGAAUCUAGAGGUACCAAACAUUAAACCCACUGAUCUGCUUCCACUUCAUCACUUCAGGAUCAGAUCAGCUUGGAUCACGUUUUCACUUUCACCUCACUUUGUUCUGCUGUUUCAGGUGGUUCUGUUCUGGUACCGGUUCUGUUCUGGUACCGGUUCUGCUCUGGCUCCGGUUCUGUUUCUAAAUAUAAACUGUUUUCUCCCUCCUGACGCAGCUGCAGAUUUUAAUCUAAUCUUGUUGACAGAUUCAUGCAAACGAUCCGGCUCCGGCGGUUCUGCUGCUCCGUUCAGACAGAGGGCUACACAGAACCAGCGGCCGGAUCCGGUCCAGUCCGACCCGUUCUGGUGGGUUCACCUCGGUGGCAGAAAUUUGCCUGGACGUUAAAACCAUCAAUGCUUCCCUUCACAGAAAGUUUCCACAGCAGCUCUGAGUUUUAUUUCCAUAAAUACUCAGCAGAGGAAACGGGUCGGUUCUCUGGGUUUGGUUCUGACGGAAUGUUUUUAUCUGGACGGGUCUUUACAUGAACCCACUGUUUGGACUCUGGGUGGUACUUUGGGUCAUUCAAACCGACCCAGUUUGAUCCGAACUUUAAAUGGACCCAACAGAACCAGAACCUUUCCAGAUGAACUGCUUUGAAUAUGAAACUUGAGCUGAAAUCUGAAGCGGUUCUGAAACGUGAUCCGUCCAGAUCGGUUCUGUCCGGUCCGGUUUUAUGUCCCGUCUCACUGUGCAAUGAAUUAUAAUAAUAAUGUUUUAUAUUUUUAUAACCUUUUAUAUUUCGCACUGUCACACUUUGU